AUGGCUUACACGUUGUUUGUGAUAGAACUAAUAUCUGCGUUUGUGUUGGCAGCGACAUUGCUGUACAGAUAUGGAGACUGCUAUAGGAAUCACAUAAUAGUGACAGUGUCAGUGCUGACAGCUUGGUACUUCUCCUUCGUGAUUAUGUUCAUCUUGCCACUAGAUAUAUCAUCGACUGUGUAUCGGCAAUGUAUGGAGAAUGCGACGAAAGUAACAGAAACAACACAAUCACUACUACAGAAUGCUACAACAACUGUUGCCCCACCAGCUACUGAGUGUAUCAAGCCUUACAGUUUCAUGAGCUCCGAUGUAUUCCCUAAUCUCUGGAGAAUUGUAUACUGGACCUCACAAUGUCUUACUUGGCUAAUAAUGCCUAUGAUGCAGUCAUACAGCAAAGCUGGCGAUUUCACCGUAAAAGGCAAACUGAAAUCUGCUCUAGUCGACAAUGCCAUCUACUAUGGUUCAUACCUCUUCAUAUGCGGCAUACUACUUAUAUACAUCGCCUUAAAACCUGAUGUGCACUUAGAUCCUCCAAAAAUAAAGAUCAUAGCAUCAUCAGCCAGUAACACGUGGGGUCUGUUCCUCUUAAUUCUGCUCCUCGGAUAUGCUCUCGUAGAAGUGCCUAGAAACCUCUGGAAUAAUUCAAAGAAGAACUACACUUUGACCUACUGCUACUUCAAGAUUGCUAAGCUGAGUACUGAUAAGUGUGAAGCUGAAGAAACUGUUGAUGAUAUUUUGGAUAGUCUAAAAGCAGUGACAGCAGCAGUAGGAUCGGGCCAUCCUCUAUACCGUCAUGUCGACACCAUCGUACAGAAGUUGCCGAUACAACUACGAGACAGACUCAAUGGACGCGCACCACCUGAUAGACCAACACCACCAUCCUUGAAGUCACUUGUCAAUUUACACAAGAAGACUAUCAAAGCUCUUCACGUGUUGCAACGUACGGAGACGCAAUGGGGCCUGAUGUUGGAACGUAUCUUCCACCUCGAGGAUGUCGCCGCUAACCAGCGCUCCCCAGACCAUCGGUUCCAACACACAUUCCACACGCCACGGCCAAGAUUACAACGGAUAUUCUACCCGCCAAUCGUUGAAUGGUACUGGGAGUGUUUCCUGCGCCAGUACUUCUUGAAGACAAUGGCUGUGAUCACCGGCAUAAUGUCUGUGGCCGUCGUCUGGUCAGAAAUGACCUUCUUCUGCAAGAAGCCCGUGCUAUCGAUAUUCGCUAACAUCGUCAUCGCAGCUACCGACUCUUAUAAUUAUAUGGCUAUCGAGGCAAUAUCAACAAUAAUAAUAGCGUACAUGUUCUACUGCGCGUACUCCACCGUGUUGAAGAUCCGUCUCCUGAACCUCUACUACCUGGCCCCUCACCACCAGACCAAUGAGUACAGUCUCAUCUUCUCCGGGAUGAUGGUCUGUCGGCUGACUCCCGCUAUGUGUCUCAACUUCCUCAGUUUGAUACAUAUGGACUCACACGUCAUUAAGAAGAGCAUCAUGGAGACUUAUUAUACGCAGAUAAUGGGCCACAUGGACGUGCUGGGCAUCAUAGCGGAGGGGUUCAACAUCUACUUCCCGAUGCUGGUGGUGUUGCUGUGCGUGGCGACGUACUUCUCGCUCGGCAGCCGCCUGCUGUCGCUCUGCGGGUUCCAGCAGUUCGUGGGGGACGAUGAACUCACCUCCGACCUUGUUGACGAAGGACGGGAGAUUGUGAAACGAGAGAAACGCAAGCGCCAACGCGCCGAAGAAUCAUUGACUCGUCGCCGCGACUACAGCGAGAGGUUCUCCAACUACAGGUCGGCGCGCGACGCUCAGGAUGGAGCCCACACUGGGCUUCUCAACGACGUGGACUCAGACUACUACGUACAACCGAGUCCUGAACGUAAUCAACCACAGCUGUCAGCCUACCAACGAGCAGAGCUACCCUACAACAGGUCCAACCUUACCCUUGAAGAUGAACUGGACCAUCGCUUCGGGGAAAGUACCUUGCCGUCCAUACGAAGCGAGUAUGACGACCGACGCCGGGACAAAAUGACCAUCCCACCUCGGGGAUUGUUUGACGAUGUAUAA